AUGUGGGCACCCCGCAAACGGGAGGAUAAUUACAUUGUAGAGGUCCUAUUAAAGGACCCUGCCAACACCAGCUUAAGGACCACUGGACCCUGCAACCAGAGACCCCAGUCCCUAGCUCUACCCACCAGUGGGCAGAAACCAGCCCUGGGAUCCCCUGGGCCCCAGCUCCAGCCACCAGCAGUGGACACCAGCCCCAGGACCACCAUAGCCCUGCAACCUCUAGUACCAAGACCCAGCCCAUCCACCAGCAGGCUAGUACCAGCCCUGGGACCCCCAAGGCCCUGCAGCCAGAGUCCUGGGAUCCAGCACCACUCACCAGCAGGUCAACACCUGCUUUGGGACACUGCAGAUCCUGCAGUCAGCUGUGUCAGGAAUGACACUAGAUCCCAGACCCCCAAGUCCCACAACCAUCCACUCCAGAACCUGGGUCCACCCAUCAGUGGGCAAGCACUAGCCCCAGGAUCCCCUGGGGCAAUACAGCCAGCAGCCUUGUUACCCAGCCCCACCAACGAUUGUAAAAAUCAUAUUGCAAACACAAAUCUUCAAACAAGUACUCAGCCUUUACACAUUUCAGUCUCCAUGGCUACAGUGGCAGAACCUGCAUCCAAUUGUUGUACUGAUGAUGUCAUCUAUGACAAAGUAACAGACAUUGGAAGAGUCGUCCCUGUGAGUUCAGUCUAUUCAACACAGUGUGGAGGAAAGAUGUUUUUAAGGAAACUGGGCUUAUUUUCAUUCCUUUCACCAUUUGAAGUUAAAACUAAGUUUUAUAAUUCAGAGACGAGUGACUUAUUUCUUGAAAUCCAGAUUCAGAAUAUUUCAUCUUCAACUGUCUUUAUACAAAAGGUUUCCUUAGAGCCAUCUGAAAUGUACACUGGAGCAGAAUUAAAUACUGUCAAUCAGGCUGGAGAAGAUGAAUGUACUUUUGGAACAAGAACCUUUUUGCAGUCAAUGGAAGGACGCCAGUAUUUAUACCACCUUCAGCUCAAGCAAGAAUUUUCAGAGAAAGCUGCUACCAUCAGAGGACUACAGGAAAGGGGCAAAUUGGAUAUAGUGUGGAAAAGAAAUCUAGGUGAAAUGGCAAUGCUACAGACAAUUCAACUUGAAAGUGAGGUUCCAGGUUAUGGAAACAUGAGGCUGUCUUUGGAGACAAUCCCAGAUACUGUAAUUCUAGAAGAGCCUUUUCAUAUUACCUGUAAGAUAACAAACCACAGUGAUAGGAAAAUGAAAUUGGUUUUGAAGAUGUGUGAUACAGAUUCUAUUCAUUGGUGUGGCAAUUCAGGAAGAUGUCUUGGAAAGUUACCUCCAAGUUCAACUCUCAACUUUACCCUGACUUUACUGUCCCUACAACUGGGCCUACAAAGUGUCUCUGGCAUACGAAUAACAGACAAAGUAUUAAAGAAAACAUAUGUCUGUGAUGAUGUUGCAAAAGUUUGUGUAAUACCCUCCAUGGUUAAAAUGAGACGCUGA